CCACGCCGAGGCCACGUCUCAAACUUCCAUUUCUUUUCUCGGGCCCGAGCCUUCCUUCCCGAGUUCCGACCGACCGGCCCAUGUCGCCCCCGCGGCCGCAGCCCCCGGCGGCGACCCUGCGCGGCUUCCUCGACGCGCACUUCGCCUCCGCCGAGGACCUGGCCGCCGCGCCGGCCCUCGCCGAGCUCCUCCGCCGCGAGUGCGCGGGGCUCGAGGCGUCCCUCCGCCGCCUCGAGGCGCAGCUCGCGUCCGGCUCCGCCUCCUGGCUCGCCCGCUCGGCCGAGGCCCGCUCGGGCCUCCACCGCAUCCGCUCCCAAGGAGGAGACAUCCCUGCCGGGGACCAAGGGGAGGCGAGCGCUCCGGGCGUGGAGCUGCCGGCGAUCGUGCGGGAGAUCCAGCGGAUCGACACCAUUCGUCUCUACGCGGAAGCUACUCUACAGUUGGAAGCUCUGGUUGGUAACCUAGAAGAUGCAGCAUAUUCUAUUGUUAGACCGGCCUCAAAGUUGAACCUGUCAUCAGUACUUCGACGUGCAUCAAACGGGGUGGAACAGAAGCAAGAAAAGUUGCUCCAGGCUGUUGAUGCUGUGAGAGAUAUUGAGCAAGAAUUGGUAAGGAUCAGCACAAGUAGGCCACAGUGGACAAAUCUUAUAGUGGCGGUUGAUUCAAGAGUGGACAAGACUCUAGCCAUUUUGAGGCCUCAAGCACUUACAGAUUAUCGAGCUCUACUUGCUGCACUAGGCUGGCCACCUUCCUUGUCUUCACCUGACAUGGAGAAGGAUAAGUACUCCCAAGUUCCAAAUCCCCUUAUCUUGAUGAAUGAGGCAAAUAAAGAGAAGUAUUCUGAAAGCUUUCUAGCACUGUGUGCUCUACAACAUGUGCAAGCCAACCGUGAAGUGCGUCAAUGCCAGAUGCCAGCGGCAACUACUCCUAGCCUGUCAGAUUCGAAGUACUUUGAUAAAACUGCGUGCCUUGAUAAUGGACUUUGGGCAAUUGAUGAAUUGGUCCACCCUAUUGUGUCAAGGAUGGAAUAUCAUUUUUCUAAAUGGUCUGAACAACCAGAGUUUAUUUUUGCUCUCGUUUACAAGAUAACAAAGGAUUUCAUGGAUGGAGUGGAUGAUAUACUGCAGCCUUUGAUUGACAAAGCAAGACUUGUGGGCUUAAGUGCCAAAGAAUCUUGGGUAACUGGAAUGGUAAAAAUGCUUCUAGGAUACCUUGAGACGCAAAUUUUCCCAGCCCUUGUCACCUCUUAUCAUCAUACUGAUGACAAACUUGAAGUACAUUCAUCUUGGAUGCAUUUGAAUGACCAGAUGAUUACUUUUGAUAAAAGGAUGCAGCUGCUUGCAGAUUCUGGAAUUCAGAAAGUUGCAUUGGUUUCUGAAGGGCUCUCAAGGUCAUUAUCUGUCUUCUCAAUAUACAUUGGACAUUCUGAUUGGCUUCGGAUAUGGGCUGAUGUAGAGCUUAAUUCUGCACAGAAUAAGCUCAAAUCUGAACUGGAGGAUGAAGCAAGUUGGUUAUGUAGUAUUGAUCCUCAGGAUGAGCUUGGUCACCAGGAAAGCACUGCUAAAUUUCUUCUCUCCACAAGAGAAGAUUACAAAGCUCCACCUGUUUCUGAAUUUGUCGUCAAAACUGCAUCGGCGAUGAUUGAAAGAAGUCAUGCUCUGCCAACUAAGGGGACGAAGAUCCAGUAUUGCAGAUCCACUUCAGUCCAGUUCUUGAAUGACUUCUUUGUUUUGUUGCAUGAGCGAUGUGAGGCAUUGCAGUUGCCAAAUACAGCUUUACAAGAAGAGUCUUUGUUGAAAGCUUCCUAUGCAAUCAAUGCCGCUAGAUACUGUGAAUAUGUUGUUCGGGAAUGGGAUGAAGAUACCGCCUUCAUGGAGCUGGGUGCGCAUGGGAAUUAUGUUGAUGGAAACCAAGAACAAAUCCACAAACACAGUGCCCAACGUCAGUGUUCUUUCUUUGCAGACGAGAUUGCCUUUUUGGUUAAGCUAGGGACUGAUUUUCUGGAACAGAUCAUGUCCUCCAUCCUGAUUGAGUUUGAAGACCUAUCCUGGGACUACGUCCAAAGCAUUGGAUCAUCAAAUGAACAAAGCCUGCCAGAUGAUCAGGUUCCUGAUGAAGAAAACCUAGAGGUAUCGCCUGGUUUCGUCGCCAGCCUAGAAGUCCUGAGAGAGCGAACCACGAAGCUGAAGCUGUAUCUCAACUCCAAGGAUUUCCUUGACCUGUGGAGGAGCAUAGCAGAAGGUCUCGACUACUUCGUCUACAGCAGCAUACGGUGGGGCCAAGUGAAGUUCUCUGACCCCGCAGUCGUCCAGCUAAGAGUCGAUAGCAAGGCCCUGCUCCGCAUCUUCAGGCCGUACUGUUCCAGACCUGAGGCCUUCUUCCCGUUUGUAACCGACUCUCUGAAGCUGCUGACCAUGGGAGAGACAGACGCCCAGUACUUGCUGGAAGCGCUCAAGAACGGGAAGGACGACGGCAAGUCUGGCCUGAGGCAGCAUGGGUUGCACCAUGUGGAUGGUAGCCAGGCCGUGAAUGUCCUGAGAAGCCGGAAGUCCGGUGGAUAAUCUUGCUAGUAGAACACGUUGCUGAGACCUGUAGGUGACAGACAAGGAAGAAGCUGAUCUUGCCGUGCCGGUGCAGACUGUCCUGAUGUCCUCCUUCCAGGAAGCACAAUGGGAACCCAAUCAACCCUGAUGACCGACUUGACUGACAACACCACCAUCUUCUGCAGAAAAAGAUGCACACACAAACUAAAGCAAAACUCCACCCACGGCUCGUGCUGCAUUUCAAGAUCAACCUGUGCCCGCAUCCUGCUUCCAGGAAGGUGUUGAUAAAGCAUGAGGCAAACAACUUUCUUACUGGAUUGACACGUCAUCUGUGACAAACUGGAGACAAUGACAACACGACGGGAUGACAUAUCUCCGCCAUCUGUCGGUGUACUAUCCUGCUUCCUGCAUUGACUGACCUGAUCACAGUCAAUCUAAGCACCACCGCAAACAUAGAUUGAUUUGUUCAGACGCCUACGUCACUGAUGAAGAUUUCGUCAGCUUACUUACUUUCUCUGGCUAUACAGCCCAAGAAAGUCAGAGCCCUGUAGGACGGUUCCGUUGGCUGUUGCGUCGUGUAUUCAUCAGAUCCGACGAAAUCAGGACCAUAUCUAAUCGGUGGAUUGUUUUAUUGAUUCAUUGCCCUGUCAUCCUGUGGGUAGACCAGUUCAAUCAACUGCUUACGUCUGCUCCGUUUGUUGAGAAUUCCUAGAGAUAGACAACGAAUCGGCAUAUAAAAUGCAUGCAGAUCCAUCAUCGGAUCGCCUCGCCGGCCUUGACUUCCAUUCAAUCUUCGCUCGAUGCGUGAUGUAUCGAUAUGGGGAAAAUAGAGGUCAAUGUGUGUAAUGGGUGUGAGCUGUGCACAGGCGAGCCACUGACGGUAUCCAAAUGGCGACUGUAUGAAGCAGAUACCGUAGGACGUACGAAGUGUCACUUGAAAUGUUAAUUAACAGCGACAUGUACAAAUACUUAGUAGUCAAUCCUAAGAGAUGUCACUUGAACCA